CUAGAAGGAGGCACGGAGCGCAUGUCCGGGACCCGCGCAAGCUCGGGGACACUCUCGCGGUCGCCGGGAGGCCCACCCAGGGUGCUUUCCUUUUUCCCCUCUCAGAAAUAUACGUCUGUCACAGUUAAGAGCAAAGCCUAGGGCAAGAGUUCUACGCCCAAGAUGGCCAGCCGGAAGCGGGCUUCUCGCGACCAUGUGGCGAAGCCCCAUUCGUCAGCUGGCCGCCCGCGGCCCCGGACCCGGCCACCUCUCUGAUCUGCGCAUAAGCUGGGCUACGCCUGGGCGCAGGCGCUAAGAGCGGCUGCGUCUAUGGUCAUGACGUCUGACAGAGCGUCCACCCACCUUCGCCAGGACUCUAUGGUUCUUACGCGCGCAGAGAGACCGCCUAUAUAAGGCAUGCGCAGGCGUGGGAGCGCCUCUUUCCCUUCGGCGCGGUGAGUAAGCGCGGUUGUAGUCUCUUGCAGUGCCAUUGCUGGUUCUCAUCCCUUUUAGGUCUGUUCUCGUCUUCCGUUCCGACUCUCUCUCUCUCUCUCGUUGCAGCCACUGAAGAUCCUGGUGUCGCCAUGGGCCGCCGCCCCGCCCGUUGUUACCGGUAUUGUAAGAACAAGCCGUACCCAAAGUCUCGCUUCUGCCGAGGUGUCCCUGAUGCCAAGAUUCGCAUCUUUGACCUGGGGCGGAAGAAGGCAAAAGUGGAUGAGUUUCCGCUGUGUGGCCACAUGGUGUCAGAUGAAUAUGAGCAGCUGUCCUCUGAAGGGCCAAGUUCAAGUUUCCUGGCCGCCAGAAGGUACGUAUGCUGCAGCCCCCUUCUCCCACCUUUCUUUGCCCCAGGCCUUCUGACUCAAUUCUUUCCAUUGCUCCCUAGAUCCACAUCUCAAAGAAGUGGGGCUUCACCAAGUUCAAUGCUGAUGAAUUUGAAGACAUGGUGGCUGAAAAGCGGCUCAUCCCAGAUGGCUGUGGGGUCAAGUACAUCCCCAAUCGUGGUCCUCUGGACAAAUGGCGGGCCCUGCACUCAUGAGGGCUUCCAAUAUGCUGCCCACUUAAUACUCACCAAUAAAUUCUACUUCCUGUCCACCUAUGUUUUUGUAUUUACAUUCUUGAGGGAGAAGGAACUUCCUUUGGGAACCUUUGGGUCAUUGCCCUUUCAUUUCAGAAACAGGUUGACAGCUCAGCCCUGCUCAUGAGGCAGCAAACCCUGCAAAGGGCUAGGACUGGUGGCCUUAUGUCAGUUGUCUACUCUGGAGCUUGACUUGGACCUCCCCAGGUCCUAGGCAGUAGGUUGAAAAGCAUUGAAGUGCUUUUCAUGAAGCACAGCUGCAGCAAAGCCUUGCAAUCCCAGGCUGGGGUCAGCCUACGGUUGUGUUGCUUAUUACAACACAUGGGAACCAAGAGGGGCUUGUGGGCUAGAGGCUGACCAGCAGUGCCCCUGACCAGCAUCAGCGUUUAUUUAGCAAGGGUAGGUGUGCAUCGCAUUGGGCGUGGUCUCACCCAUCUGGUUCAGCCAGUCCUCCUUGGUGGGAAUCAUUCUGGGAUUUGCACUUUUCCUAUCUCUAGCAAUCUCCUGAGCCCCAUGCACUAACCUCUCUGAGAGCCUGCAUUCCCAGGGCCCUCACCACCUGACCAAAGGUCUGGGCUAACCUUUGGUCCUUUGUCACAAAAAGACCUCAGAACAGGCACGUGUGGCAUGGUUUGACCUGGGAAUCCCAGAUGUCUGACCUGAACUAUCGCUAGAUAGAACAGCGCUAGCUUUUGGGGGAGUAGCAAAAAUGAGAGGCGUGCUAGGUGGGUGACCUGAGCAUCUGUAUCGAGGGACAGGACUCCAAAGGCUUUUGGUCCCAGAGCUGGAAUAUGUUGGCCCCAGCCCCCAGCCUGUGGCUCCCAAGAGGCCUCUGGUCUUUUGUAAUCUCAAUUUAUAGCCAUUUGUAAGGUUUUUAAUUACCUUUAUUUUAUUUUGCCAAACAUACCUGGGAAUACCUUUUAUUUAUUUUUUACCUUGGGGUGAUGGUUCUAAACCAUAAAUGUGAUUAUAGUUAACACAUGGCCUUUCUAUCAUCCCAGUCAGUGUUUUUCCUGAGCUCUGUUCUUUGGAGAGGAGGAUGCAAGGGAGGGGUCUGGCACGCUGCUGGCAUUUUGCUGUGUCCUGCAGCCCCUUUCCCGGGGCACCUGGGUUCACACAACUUUUUAGGUUACGUAACUGGUGCAGAUUUUCUGUGUGCAGAUGUUGGUCUUGACCAGCGUUGGCUGGACUUUACCAGGCAUGCAAAAGCCUGUGCCAACACAGACGACAGCACCCAAGUGGUGCGAGCAUGACUGCUCAGCAGUUAUAACAGGCCUGACUGCAUUGUUCACCGGAUUACAAUGAGCCGAAAUGUGUCUUGGUGUUUCCUGGUUCCAGAGAAGGAGUUUGAUGUAGUGGCUUAACCACCCUCCUUGUAGCUAUUGGGGCUUAAUGGUUUCCUGGUGAUUCUUACCAAUCCACAAUAAAGAUGGCCCAUUGGCA